CUAUCCCUCGUUUACAAACCAUCAUCUGUUAUUUUACUCCAAACUAGAAAUGACCAAUUUCAAAACAUGACACCCAAAAUCAUCUCAAACCAAGAUCCAAUGCAAAAUUUCUGCAAGACCUAAACCCUCGAUUGCAAACCGAUCUGAAAGCAUCUGAUAAUUGCUGAUAAAAAUCAAACAAAAACAUUCAAUGACAAAGUUACUAUCAACAACUUUCAGAUCUCUCAAACCCCAUUCCCAAAAUCCAAAAUCUCCCGCAACCAAUCUUCCAAUUUCAUCACCGUCACCGUCAAAAUCAAACCCUAAUUGGUCCGUAUAUCUCAUCCUCUCAACCAAUCCUCCAAUCAAAACUUACGUCGGCGUCACCAACAAUUUUUCUCGCCGCUUAAAACAACAUAAUGGUGAACUAAAUGGUGGUGCAAAAGCAACACAAGCUGGAAGACCAUGGAUUUGCGCAUGCAUCGUUCAAGGUUUUGAAAGUAAAAGUGAAGCAUGCAAGUUUGAGUUUAAAUGGAAGAGUGUGUCAUCUAAAAUGACGCGUAAAAAGAACUCGAAGGACGAUGGAGGGCUUCAUUUACUGCAGCAUAGAAAUGCAGCACUGCAGAAAGUAAAAGGUUCAAUUGACUGCAUUCACUUAGAGUUUGACUGGAAGUUACAACUCCUCUGAUCUUUCUGCCUGUUUCUGCUUUCAGUUUUUUAUUUAUAUGUAAAUUUUUAUAUACAAAAUAUUGAUUAAGAACAUAAAUGUAUACAACAAGUUAACUAUGUGGCAUCUUGAAAUGACCAAAACUGAUGUAAAUUUUUUAAUCUAUUCAAUAAAAAAAGGGAUUUUUUGGGUA